CUGUCAUGGCGGUGGAGCAGCGCUGGCAGAGCCCAGGGAGAGCCCGGGAUACCGACCCCAUGGACCGGUUCGUGUGCCCGAUCUGCCUGGAGAUCUUUGAGAACCCUGUCCGGGUUAACUGCGGACAUAUAUUUUGCUCCACCUGCCUGCACCAGUGCUUGAAGCAGAAGAAUCCCAUGUGCGGUGUGUGCCGUUGCUUGUUGACUCCGGGUAGGAAGGCCGCGGAUCUCGAACGGCAGAUGGAAGUCACAGAAGCCUCGUGUAAAGGCUGCAGCAGGAAGAUGUACCUGGCGCACAUGCGCGCUCACGCCGCCACUUGCUCCAAAUACGAGAAUUAUGUCAUGGAAGGAAUCAAGUCCGUGACUAAGGAAGAGACUCCUCAGACGAGGCAAGUAUCAGAUGUGCCUAACCGGUUCACCUUUACCUGCCCGUACUGCCGGGAACAGAAUCUCGAUCAGGAAGGUCUAGUAGAUCACUGUAGGAAGCAGCACUUCUCGGACCCAACCCCGGUGGUUUGUCCCAUUUGCGCUUCCAUGCCAUGGGGGGACCCAACUUACAGGAGUUCCAACUUCAUGGAACACGUCAACCGCAGGCAUCGCUUCUCAUACGACACGUUUGUGGACUACAACGCAGACGAGGAAGCCAUGAUGCACGAAGCCCUCAUGAGAUCUUUGAUGGACAAUUGAAGUUCGUUGACCGCUCCUCGCCGCCCGGAUGGAU